AUUCUUUUCCAUAGUGGUGUAAAACAUCAAGACAUUCGUCGCUUACACAAACUUGGUGUUUGUAUGUCUCCAGAUAUGAUAAUUGAUAUGGAAAGGAAAAUGGGAGAAGGUUGUGAAAGAAAGCUUCUUUUGUGGAAAAAAGAAAUUGAAUUGAACAAAUCUGCUGAGUUGCUUAUGAAGGAAGUAAAAGAGAAACAAGUGACGAAUGUGGUUUCCAGAAAUGCAGAAGACGACAUGGAGUUGGAGGUGGUGGUGGAUAUGUCAGAGACAGUGGUACAGGGGUACAGGAUGUUUGGUGAAGAUACAUAUAAACAAUGUAAAACGCUUGUUUUGCAUGGUAAUGAUGAUUUGUCUUGUGUCAGUGAAGAAGAUUUAGAAUCUGCAAUACAGCUUCAACACCAUAGAAAGCUACCAUCAUACAAAUUGGUUGGUGACAACAUUGACAUAAUGAUACAUGCCAGAAUUCAAACACAGCAAUUACACGAGAAUAGGUCUAUUCAUUGGACCCAACAGUAUGGAAUUCUAAACCGUGUAAAUGAACCAUCACUAGACAGAUCAAGACCACAGAAACCAUUACAAGAGAUCCAGUUAAUAGAGCUACUGCCAGGUAAAGAUGUACAAGAAAACCUGAAGACAAGAUGGGCUGCAUUAGUCGCAAGAGUGAUAUGUAAAUAUCUUGGAAAAUUUAAACAUCUCAAGCGAGCUCUAGUUUACCAUAUUCAGCACAAGUAUUCCAAAGAGAUGGCUGAUAAGUCAGAAACGUGUUGCCUAGGGAUCCAGUUUGCAAAUUCAAAUGUUGCAAGUGAGAUGGUACAACUUUUGCAAACAAAUCAUGAAAGGUAUGUUCCAGCUAUGAAAUGUGAAGAUGGGAAUAUUAUACUGGAACAAGUGCCAUUGCAUGGAGAUCAACUUUUUGAGGAAAGAUCAAGAAAUGCGAAGUGGAGCAUGCAAGAUGGGGAUACAGAGUGGGACAGGCUGGAUGGAAUUGAGACAGAGUUCGCUGAUUGGCAUGCAAAACUGAAUUUAUAUAUGAUUGAAUUCAGUAUCUUCUCAUCUCAUUCUUCCGUGAAUGAAAUUGGAACGUCUCGAGCUAGUAUGAAUAGGACUGGAAAAACAAAUGCUUCAAAAGGUGUAGAGAAUCAUUACAAUGAAUAUAAAGAAUUUCAUCUUUGUGAAACAGAAGCACAUAUAUGUGCAUCUUUUAUGGAAAUGUGUGGCAUGUUGAAUAUGGAAGAUCAUCCUACAUUUGAUGUACCUGAUGACAGUGUCACAAGAGAAAUUCAAAGAAAAUGGUUGAUGGAGACAUGUGCAAAAUUUGUUACAAGUAUGUGA